CAAGUCAACGCGUGUCGCGUCUAGUUCGUAGGUCCAAUACAUACACACACACACAUAUAUGUACACAGCGAGAAAUAUACGUAAAUUAUACCCUCAAAUAUGCACUUCGUCUUCAGCCGAGAGUGUUUAAUCAGUGACGUAGUUGUGCGAUCUUUGACACGAUAUUUUCGUUGAGUCCAUCGGUCGAACAGUAUUAUUCGUGCUGGCAAACUGUAAAGAGCUCUACGACCUGCUCGUUACCGUUGGCAACUAGACAACCAGGCAACAAAGCAUUUUGUUUACAUUUAGUUGCAAAAAUAUUUUACAAUUUAUUGCUACAUUGAAGCAAUAUUUCUGUCGGCUUAAUUGUUUAAACGUGUCCGCCAGCCCAUUGCAGCAACGUUUCUCCAGCUAAAUAACCAAAUCAAAAAUAAAAUGGCUAAUGUGAGAUUCUUGCUUGUGCUACCAACAAAUCCCGACGAAUCGGACAGGAUGAAUAAAUUUACGAUAGUAGGAACUAUGCGUCAGCAGCCAAAUCAAUUUUCCAUAAAUUUCGUAAACAGUCCCAACUGCACAGACAACAUAACGUAUCAUUUUAAAGUUAGGAUACCGACACAGACAAUCAUCGAGAACUACAAGAGUAAUGGCGAGUGGAGUUCAUCGCAUCAGGAAACGAUUUUGAAUAUAUUCGAUGGUAAAGGCGAUAUGAAAGUGCCUAGCAUAUCCAGUAUUAUAGAUGGCAUCGAUGCCGAUCUUGACUAUUCACUAUUCACAGAGUCGGCAUUUUCACUAGAGUUUCGAUUUGACUAUGACGAUUCCACCAUACACGUCUACCAGGGACAGGGUCAUAAUUUUGUCACGAAAUUCGAGACACUAUUCUCCCUGUCGGAGAUACAGUCGAUUCAAGUGUGGGGCGAUGUUCAAAAAAUAAACCAGUUCUCAUUGAGUUACGAUUGAACCGCAAACAAAACGAGCUUAAAGUUUGCAGCUACAAAUCUUGAAUUAUCCUGCGGCCUGUUCGAAUGCAUCGCUUUCUGCUUACCACAGAGGAACUGCUCCUUUGAACCGUUCCAGUGCCUUAUCGUAGUAUUUAUUUAGUAUGUAGUUUCCCGUCUUAAGUAUAUUCAUUUGUCUAUGUUUAGUUAAGCCAAAGAAUUUGCUAUUAUUAUUUAUCGCACUGCUCUAGUAGUGACCCCAUCCAUUCACAUCCCAUACAAAGUAUUAAUAAAACCCAUAUCAAAGUAUUGGCUUCGUUUUAUGUUACAAUUAAAUCUUAUGUAUUUUGUUUGAUA